AUGGGUGAGGUGGGUAAGAUACUUUACAUAGUCGUCGUCGACGAUGCUCAGAAGAAAGAGUCCUUUCGCUACACGCGCCCCGUUCUUCACACCACUCUCCAGCUUAUGGGAUGCAAACCGCGUCAUGCCUUCAAGAUCAGCCAAAGAGUGUUUGAAGUCACAAAGAGAGAGAGUUGUAUUAAUGGUUUGCAACCUGAAGUAGAGUCUUUAGACUCUUUAGAAGGUUCUGAUGCUCGCAAGGGGAAUUCUGUGAAGAACGAUGUUAAUUGUGGUGGGGUUUGCAUGGACAAAGCAGAAUUAGGCAACCAAUUACUUUCAGGAAGAAUUUAUAGAACUAAGAGUGUACCGUUUGAGUUGUACAAAAAGCGAACAACUGUAUUUGUUCGGAGAGAAACUUUUCUCGAUAUUGUCUGUGAUGCUCUGGCAGAGUAUAAGUAUGUGGGUCCUAACCAAAGAGCAGAUUUGAUAUUAGCCUGCAGGAUCCGUGAACGGAAAGAGUCUGUGACUGUGUUAUUGUGUGGCACUAGUGGCUGUGGCAAAUCCACAUUGUCUGCAUUGCUGGGUGGAAGGUUGGGAAUCACGACAGUGGUAUCAACUGAUUCUAUUAGGCACAUGAUGAGAAGUUUUGCUGAUGAGAAGGAAAACCCCUUGUUGUGGGCUUCUACCUACCAUGCAGGAGAGUGUUUGGACCCUGUUGCUGUUGCAGAUGCAAAGGCCAGAAAGAAGGCAAAAAAGCUUGCUCGACGCUCACUUCCUAAGGAUGAAAUAACUGAGGGUCAAAGUUCUAGCAAAUCUGAUAUACGGACAUCAGAGAUGAGCUCUGGUACUACUGAACUGCCAAGUCCAAAACAAAUGGCUAUUGAAGGAUUCAAGGCGCAGAGUGAGAUGGUGGUUGAUAGUCUUGAUAGGCUAAUCACUGCAUGGGAAGAACGAAAGGAGUCCGUUGUUGUCGAGGGCGUUCACUUGAGCCUCAACUUUGUUAUGGGUCUCAUGAAGAAGCAUCCUUCAAUCAUACCAUUCAUGAUACACAUUACAAACGAGGACAAGCAUUUGGAAAGAUUUGCUGUACGUGCAAAGUAUAUGACACUGGACCCAGCUAAAAACAAGUAUGUAAAGUAUAUUAGAAACAUCAGAACAAUUCAAGAUUACCUCUGCAAGCGAGCUGAAAAGCAUCUAGUUCCCAAAAUAAACAAUACAAACGUUGACAAGAGUGUGGCAGUCAUCCAUGCAACUGUUUUCAGCUGUCUUCGAAGGCGCGAAGGUGGGGAACACCUAUAUGAUCCUACUAGAAACACUGUUACACUAGUGUAUGAGGAAUUUAGAAAUCAAUGUGCAGCCAAUUCUUUGAACUCAAAAGGAAUGUUUCAACUGAUUCAGAGAAAAGGUUCUUCAAGGAAUCUGAUGGCUCUUGUUAAUACUGAUGGGUCUGUGGCAAAGGCUUGGCCUGUUAAUUUAGUUGACUGUAAUGGGAAGCCUGUGUGGUGCCAUGGACCAGAGAAUGGAAUUGGACAUCCAAUGUAUGGUCCCUUGCGAAUUGGCAAGGCAGAACCUGUAAAUCUUCAGUUUGGUUUUUAUGGAAUCAGUGCUUGGCCCAGUGAUGGUGGCACUAGUCAUGCUGGAAGUGUUGAUGAGUCUAGAGCUGACGGGACUGAUACGGGUAGUAGAUAUCACUCCUCUUGCUGUAGCUCACCAAGGUUUUCGGAUGGCCCUUCCAAGGAGCUCAAAGAAGAUUUCUCGGUGCAUGGUAGUGAUGAAGAGAUUGACUACCAAUUAGAGGUGGGCAGUGAUGAGGAUUUCAGUGAUGAUGUCGACAAACACAUCCAUGAAGAGGUGGGAUCAGUUGAUGAGGAAUCGACAAAGUCCGAUGAAGAGUACGAAGAUCUUGCAAUGCAAGAUGUGCAGGAAGAUUAUGAGUUUAGGAGUAAGCUAGCUUUGGUGGGGGAGCUAGGAAAUAAAAUGCAUGGGAAUAACCAUAAUCAAAAUCUUGAUCUGUUCCUUAGAACUAAAAGUGAGCCUAUGGCAGUUCCAGAGCCCUUGUGCUCUUAUUCUUUGCUCGUUGGAAAGAGUGAGAGGAAAAACAAAAUGAGAAAACGUUCACUUAGUAUUCCCGCAAUAGGAAAACAUACUUCAGCAAUCAAUGAUCCCAUCCUUUCUGGUGCUCCUCAAAGGUAG